UGUAGUUUGUGCAUGUUUGUUUCAACAAAACCUUUUUUUCAUCUUCUGCAGGUAAGACUAUGAGGUGGCAGCAAGAGGUCUGUAGCUAUCUUUGUGCUAGCCAACUGGGCAUGAAUAGUGAGCAGUGCUGAUUCCUUCUGCUAAAGAUGGCUCUGACAUGGUCUGUUCUGGCUGCAUUUCUUCUCUUGCUGAUAAAUCUGGUUGAAGUGCCAGCUUACAACAUGGUGAAUGUGGAGGCUGGUCAUGAGGCUGUGUUGAGUUGCCCUUCUGUCUCCAAAGCAUCUUUGCUAAUGGUGAUAUGGAAGACGAAAUGCAGCACUUGCUGCUUGUUGUCCUAUAGAAGUGAUCACAACCAGACAAUGAAGUUAAACUGCAGUGAGAGGAUGACAUGGAAAUAUUCACCUGACAGUGACCCUGAUCUUCGUAUUUACCCUGUGAGCCUUGGAGAUGAGGGGCAUUACACCUGUGAAAUCAUCAGCAGUGAGGGGAAUUUCCUUUUUUUCUCCUUUCUGACUGUGAUAGUCCCUCCCACAGUGACUCUGACCUUUGACAAGAGCACAGGGGCAGUCUGUCAAGCGUCUGCUGGAAAGCCAGCUGCUGACAUCUCCUGGAUUCCUCCAAAUAAUGCCAGCACCAGUGAAGUCCAUCACCCUAAUGGGACAGUGACCAGAGUGAGCUGGGUCAACACCACGCUUUCAACUGUCACCUGCCUUGUUACCCACCCAGCUACAAACCAGAGUCUGUUUCUAGACUUGCAAUAUACUUCCCCAAGGCUUGCCUUUUUUCUGCUAGGAGGAUUUGCAUGUGUUGCUGUUGUCAGUGGUGUGACAUUAUGCCUAUUUUUUAUCUGCAGAGCUCUCUGGUUACACAAACUGGCAGAGAGGUCGGCAGCACCAGUUGCAACUACGAACUUCAGGUCCACACCAUCACGGGUGAAAAUGGAAGCAGUCAAGCCUCCUGUCUUGUCAGAACAUAUCUACCAGAAUUACAGUUCAAGAACAGUAUAUAUGAACUAUUGACAGUGUAGGCACAAGCAGUCUAACACCAGCUCAGCCACUGAUGAUACUCAGUUACCUGUACUUCAGCUAACAAAUCUCAGACCUUACCGCAUCGCACACCAGCAGAACACUCAAAACUGCCCCACAAAAGCAUUUCUUUCCUGACCUGAAGAAAAUGGUUUACCUGUUUUAGUAAAUUAUUUCUCUCUUUCU